CGGGAGAUCUGCACGUAGACACGAGGUCAAUUUUUUGUUGAAAAAGCGCAGCGUGCCUGGCCGGCAGUUAUGUCCCUAUAAUUUCAGUGCAACGCAAGUCUGAUGCAGUAGAAAUAAGUCUGACGCAUGGCAGAAGAUAGCUUUAGUGAGGCGACUGACCAUGAACGGCUUCGUAGUCAGUACAGCAACCCACACGAGCAGGAAUGGGAGCUGUCCGAGAACAAGAUGAAGAACACAGAAGAUUUGCUAACAGAUUACGACAUGAGAGCAGCCCAGGAUUCACAUCAGGGAUGGUUUGAGAGAGGGGAGCCUGGAGUAACACUGCCUCCAUCUUCAGGACAGCUUAGCAGUACUCCGCCAAGCACUCUUAGCCAAAGUCAGAAAAGGACGUCGUCAGCACGCCAGGUAUCUGAUAGUGCUGAACCUGCGGUGCCCGAUGGAGUAAGCCCUCGUGCUACCGUUAUUGACCAUCCAACCGACGACCAAUCACCAGACACUAGGCAGGUCACCGGCAGCAACUGUGCAAUACUUGAAAUGCGACUUGAUGAUGUCAAGCAGCAGCUUCAGCAGAAGCCAUUGCAGAUUGGGUCUUUAGGAUGCUGUGUGUGCAGUCCAGAGUGCUCACAUGACAUGUGUGUGAAAAGUUUGGAGGCCCGGAUUGAAGCACUAGAAAAUCAGAGAUUUGAUAGUCACUUGGUGAGGUUAGAAGACCGUAUAAGAGCACUAGAGGAUCAGGGUUGUUCUAACAACUUGGGUCAAUGACACCAUUGGAAAAUCAGUUUGUAGAUGAUUUUUUAAUUUUAAGAAAACAUAACAUAAGCACGGUAUUAGUGCUUAUCUGUUAUUGUGUAUGCUGAGGCAGCAGUGCAAAAGAUAGGGUAGUUCCCUGUGAACAGUUUAAUUGUUUGUUUUAACCGCUAGUUGGAACAAGUUGUAUGAGCUUUGUUUAUUUUGUAUGGAAAACUAUGAGAAAGUUGUGCUUUCUAGUGGUACAGUACUUGUGUGAUGGGUUUAUUUACCAUGUUUCAGAGUUCAGUCACACUGACUACUAUCUAUUGUAGGGCAGUUUAUAGACAGUUUGGUUAUUGAACAGA